GAAGUCAUACGGACAUUACCGAAUCGAGCGCGGAAUCGAAUAAUAAUAAUAUGGCCGCCGCGAAUGAAUCGCCGUCGGCAAGCCGCGCGCCGUUUGUUGACGGCAGCGCGCCUUCAUCGUCUAGUACAUCUAUCGUGAUGACGGAGCAGCAACUGCUGCGACUUGUUCAGUUGCUUCAAAUGCAAUCACCUGCGGCUGCGGCUACUUGUGCUUCACCAUCGCCUGCGCUUUCCCAGGGCAACUUUGCCAAGUGCACGGCGCGGUUCGACGGCGCUAAGGAGAGCGACGUUGUAGCGUUUAUUGACGCUAUCGAAGUUUACAAGGAGUGCGUCAGCAUGGACGACAGCAUUGCCCUGCGUGGACUACCGAUGCUUUUCACCGGGUUGGCUGCGACCUGGUGGCAAGGUGUGAAAGCUUCGAUCGAUAGUUGGUCGAACGCUAUUGACCUACUGAAGCAAACUUAUGGACCGCGUCUCCCGCCUCACAGAAUUUAUAGAGAGAUUUUCUCCAAAGAACAAGGAGACGAGACUACAGAUAUGUUUAUAUGCAGGGUGAGAGCCCUGAUAGCCCAGCUGCCACCUGGUAGUUUAAAAGAAGACGUACAACUUGAUAUGGUUUACGGGCUAUUGAGUACCAGAAUAAGGGAGAAAAUUCCCCGAAGUGGUUUCAAAUCAUAUGCUGAAUUGUUAUCCCAGGCUCGUCGCCUGGAAGACCUGUUUGAAGAGGGUCGUCCGAGACAGCGCAAGACAGAUGCUGGUGAUAAGCUGUCCCCAGCCAUUCCCCAGAAAUCGGCAAGUCCAUCCACUUCUACGGUUAAGGCAAAAUCCCGGUCGUUAUGUGGGUACUGCAAGAAGUACGGCCACGAAAAGGCCGACUGCUCCCGGUUGCGCGAACGGAACCAAACCAAGGCAACGGACGGCACGUCAUCGCCGCCGUCGGUUUCGUCACUCGUGUGCUUUGGUUGUGGCGCGCCAGGCGUCAUACGUGCGAACUGUACGACUUGUCGAGCAUCGUCUACAUCGAGCGCUAUGCCCUUUCAAGCUGUAGCUGCAGUGUCGGCGACGUGUCAACCGCGAAGUCGUCCCGUAAUGCGUGUCGGAAUGUACGGAGAGUACGCACGGCUACUCGUCGAUACCGGUGCUAAACAGUCGAUCGCGAGUGAUAGUUUAAGAAACUUUUUAUGUAAAAAUAAUCAUGUGUUUCACAAAGUUCAUUAUGAUUUUAAAUUCGCCAACGGUGUCACCAAUAGCAAUAUUGUAGAAACAGCAUUGGUUGACGUUACUGUGCAAGGGGUGGUGGUACCAACACAAUUUGUGGUACUCCCAGGCGCGACGGAAUCAUUAUUAGGUAUUAAUUUCGUUAGGGAUGCUGGUAUGGUACUAGAUUUUCGUAGGGAUAUUUGGUCAUUGCGAGAUAAACCGGGGUCAUUUCCAUUAGAAUAUGAAGACGUAGGGACGCGUAUCGCCUGCUCUACGGUAGACUUAUUACGCGAGGACGAAGCGACGCGCUUAACUGUUGAAGAACGCAUUCAACUUUCGAAUGUCCUAGACAACAAUAGGGACAUUUUCGAGCCAGGGGGAGCCGCUACUUCUUUCGCGGUUCAUCGUAUAGACACAGGUGAUCACCCCCCGAUAUCCGUUCCCCCCUAUCGCGUUACGCCUGCGAAAAAGAAUAUUCUGAAGAAAGAAAUUGACAAGAUGCUACAAGAGGGAAUCAUAGAAGAGGCGGACUCUGAAUGGACCUCUCCAGUAGUACUAGUACCUAAAAGGACGGGACCGUUAGGUUCUGUGUCGACUACAGGAAACUCAACCACAUCACCCGCGCGGAUAAAUAUCCACUUCCCUUGA